UAUGACUUAGAAGUGAGAUUGGUCUGUAGUUCUUGAGCUGACUUUUAUCUCCUUUUUGAAAAAGAAGAUAAAUGGAUUGAACGAUGUUCAUCCCUAAUUACGGAUUACGGAACUCAGAAGUCAGAAAAGCCAAGUCAAAGCCCCGCCUGGGGUUAUAAUAUUCUGUGGUCAAAGCUGUCAAAUAAUUUACCUACUCUAUGGAUGGAUUUGGAAACAAACAGAAAAAACACGUCAUUUUAUUAAAAUAAUAAUUAGAUACCUAUAUUUUGGAUUUCUUCUAGAAAAAAAGCGGAAGCUGCUAUCGGAGUUAGAGGCCAAACCUUUGCACCAUGGCCGACUACAUGGAGAGGCAGGAAGGCUUCACGUUUGUGAAUCCCUUUACUCUGGUGCUAGGUUUCCUGGCCAGCUACGGCUGGUACCUGGUGGCGGCGGGCGCGGCCGCUGUGUACCUGGCGCAGAAGCUGCAGCCAACAUUGAAGCGCUGGCAGGAGGCGCGGGAGGAUGCUGCUUAUCAUAAAGACCCCGACAAGGCGCUAGCGCGCAUGGAGGCCAUCCAGCGCGCGCGAGAGAAGCAGCAGCAGCUGCUGGAGGCCGCGUCACAGAGAGCCAGGCAGCAGGAGAAAGAGCGCGAGGAACGCAAGAGACAAGAGAAUUUGGAGCGUCUGGAGAAGUACGGCGCCGACGCCGGCGGCAGCGGGCAGCGGCUUGGCGCGCCGGACGAAGACUACCUCCCGCUGAGCGGCGGCGCGUCCACGUCGUCCUACCGCCCGCCCAAGCGCUCCGCCUGCUCGCGCGGCGGCUGCGGCCGGUAGACACGCCCGAACGCGCUCGCCGACCGCCGACCGAAACCCACUACUGCGGACCCCUAAUCUACUCGGUAGCAGGACACCACGACUCAGCCGCCAUCUCCAUGGACGAGAGUGACGCGGCGAUAGUCUCAUGUCACAAUACAAACUCUAUGGGCAAAUCUCCACGUGACGAAAUGAUCGCGGCGGUUUGUGUUUAACUUUAGACUAUCGCCGCGAUACGGUUGUCCGCGGACACGGCGCCAGGAAACUCGCAGCAAUACGAGGCUUCACUCGCACCGGCAGGCGUCAAGUGUUAACUCCGCUUGACGCUCGGUAGUCGGCGAACUGACACCAGAAUUCAUAGUCGAGAUAGGGGCUACUUUAGAGGUGAACUUUACGCUCCGCCUUGCCUGCGCAGUUAAACUGUACAGGCUGUGCAGUCCAAUAUUUAGCAGCUUUUGGAACUGCGCGGAAUACCGUCUGACCAUCCACACGCGCGCACUUAACUGCGCAGUUAAGCUCUCAGGUAAGAUGGAGCGUGUAGCCGGAGCUUUAUUCAGGUUGAAUAUGACACAAUGUCGUUUAAAUUCGUCUUGUAAAGAAGUUCCUGUCUUGAUCAUGAAUUCCAGCGUAAAGUUGAAAUCUAUAGAGCGUACUUUAACUUCCCUUAGACUUAAGUUUCAGUUGAAACGUGACAGAUUUAUGACAGCGGUAUAGCGCUGUCUCGUUUUAACAGUGUCUCAAGUCUGAGCAAAGUCGAAAUACGCUCUGUAGAUGUCUUUGACUUGACUUCACCCCUCGCCUAAUAUUGAACAAAUGUCGAUUCGGAAUAAAACCGAGUUUCCUUACUAGUUCAUGGUAGUACUGAAUAAACAACUCUAACAGUUCUAAUACAAGCAAUACUAAGUAAUUCUAAUUCAAGCAAUACUAAGCAAUUCUAGUACAGUUGGCAAGCGCGCUCCAACUUGGACCUCAUCAUUGCUCUGUUUCUCAGUCAUGAUUGUCGUCAAUGGCAAACAAUCUAGUUCUAAUAACAAUUUUACCCAAACGUCUACGUUCUCGAAAUAUGCGAACUCAUACUAAGGGGAGGUAUCUUGUCGGUCUGUUUAGUGAAAACGGCCAAAAGUGGCGAAAAAUAAAACAAUAAACUCUAACGCGAUGUAAAUUAUGUACUUAGAUAUUUGGCGAAGUAACUAGUGGUGUUCGUUUGCUUUUUAUGUAUACAAUUUGCACACACAAUUAAUAAAAAAUAGUUUUGCGCGUGCUUCCUUACCUUUAGUUAGUGACUAAGGUUGAAAUCUAUAGACUACACUUUGACGUUGCUUAUACUUAAGUUUCAGUUAAAACGAGACAGGUUCAUGCCAGCGGUAUAGCGCUGUCUCGUUUUGACAGUGUCUUAGCAAAGUCAAAGUGCGCUCUAUAGAUUUCAGCCUUAGUGCUUCAAGUUUAAACAUUUGAAAUUGGCACGAAUCGUGCGCAUGCGCACAAAAAAGCAAACGAUCACGACUAAAUUGUUGUACUAUUGUCACAUUGUACUUAUGUAGAUAAAUUGUGAUAUAUGGGUAAGGUAAUAUUGUGUAAUUAUUGUCAUUAAUUGGUUAAUAAAUAUUGAUCUACUA